CCCUCUUUCAGUUGUAUCAUUUUUUCUGCCAUACGGUCCUCCAGACUGGAGGGGGCUUCACUCUUCUGCUUGAUAAGCCAAUGUGAAUUGAAAUAAGUCUACUGGUUAGUAAACACCUUGGUGGCAUGUAACUUGUAUCCUUAUAUACGGGAUUCGCUGUACUGAUCUCCAAUUAAGAACAAAAAGUGAAAAUGCUUCGCGGCAUCAGUGAAUGCUUCUACAUGUAAUUUGAUUCGUUGUCAACAUUGCAUUUUGCGUAAGUUCCCGUGCCCGACGUAAGAAAUUAUAUCAGAUAUUUUGGAAGGAGAAAUCAUUGUUUAGUGGCGUUAUUGGUGUAAGAUGGCCGGAUAUAUUCUGCAAUGGUUCCUGGCCUUCAUUGUGCUUUACGUACAAUUUCAUCUGAGUUCCGGCGAAAAUGCAACCAACCAAUCUUCAUGGAGUAGACUUAGUUCAUUCCUGUUUGAUGGUGGUUAUGACAUCACAGAGAUCCCAUUGGUUGGAGAUGACACUCCACUUCCGGUCACCUUGCAUCUUACUCUUCAGUCUAUUAGGGAAGUGAAUGAAAAGGAGCAGAGCAUCACUGGGACAUCAACACUAACAGUGGUAUGGGAAGACGAGCGUCUAACAUGGAACCCCGGUAAACAUAGCAACCUGACAGUACUCACAAUCCCUUACAGAAAGGUUUGGACGCCAUCCCUCAGCCUCUUCAACACAAAUGUUGAGACUUCUCGUAUCCCGCCAAACCCAGACGACACCAAAGUCCACGUCAGAGAUGACGGGCAAAUAAGAAUGGAAACGGUCUUCCGGCACAGCACCAGAUGCACUAUGGACCUCACUCUCUUCCCGUUCGACUCCCAGAUCUGUAAAAUGAUCAUUGCCUCUCAAGACAUCAUCACCAACGUCGUGCUCAUUCCGGGGGUCUUCAUUCACCGGGCCGAGGAUCGACCACUGUAUUGGGACCUCACCAGUUUGGUCGCCGAGUCGCGCUCGAGAGAGAAUCGAGCCGGCGACCACGCGGUCUCCGAUCUGUUGGUGAUAAUGCACCUGGAGCGACUUCCUAAUCACUACAUUUACACCAUCAUCCUCCCCGUCACGCUUAUCAACGCCAUUGGCAUCUGGACCUUCUUCAUCCCUCUCAAGAGUGGUGAGCGCGUAACAACUUGCAUCUCGGUGGUUCUUGGUGUCACCGUCUUUCAGAUUGUUAUCAUUGACGUCAUGCCACAGACAACCCGAAGUGGAGCCAUUCCCCCCACCAUCAAAUACCUGACUAUGACCUUCAUCACCCUGGCUGUCAUCAUGAUGUGUUCCGCCAUGUCCCUCAACAUCACGUACCAAAGGCGUCGUAUCAAGAACAGAUUCUUGAGGAUGCUGUUCUUUCGGAUCUUGGCCACCAUGGUGUUCAAGAGACAGGAAGGUCUGAGGAAGAUGACUGAAAGAAACGUCCAGUCAGCAAAAAGUGAUGGUCAAGAUCUAAAUAGAUCCAACAACUUCUCCCUCUGUGAUGAAACACGCGACAACACACCCCAAGUCAUACAAAGCAGAGAAAACGUCUCUGAAGAGAACGACAUGGAACUUGUUGCAACCAUCGUCGACCGAAUCUUCCUUUGCACGUUCCUUGUGAUCGAGAUCUGUAUGAUAUUCAUGUUCAGAGCCACUUUCUCCAAUGAUGCUUAG